AGAAGAGGAGAGGAGAGGAGAGGAGGAUCCACACACACACACACUCACGCACGGGGCUUACACACGUCUUCCGGUUCCUCGCACUGCUCCACAAUGAACGUGCAGAAGCCCAAGUCAACUGCUGCUGCUUCCUUCUUCUGUAACAUCAAGGUCUUCGUCCUGUGCCACGGCCUGCUGCAGCUGACUCAGCUGCUCUACAGCGCCUACCUGAAGAGCAGCCUCACCACCAUCGAGAGACGCUUUGGCCUCAGUAGCUUCUCCUCCGGUGUCAUCUCAUCCCUUCAUGAGGUGGGGAACACAGCUCUGAUAGUGUUCGUCAGCUACUUCGGGAGCCGGAUCCACCGGCCGCGGCUCAUUGGAAUUGGCGGUCUGCUCAUGUCCCUCAGUGCCGUCCUCAUGGCUUUGCCCCACUUCCUGUCCCAGCCCUACUCGUACUCCGGAUUUAAUAGCAGAAUGGACAUGUGUGAUUUGACGGCUAACUCCUCUGGCCUGGAGCGGUGCAGGCAGGAGUCUUCCCAUCGGCUCUCAGAUCCCAGUGGCUUGUGGCUGCUGAUGGCCUGUGCGCAGCUGCUGUUUGGUGUGGGUUCUGUGCCUAUCCAGCCUUUUGGCAUCUCUUAUGUGGAUGACUUUGCUGAACCUGGAAACUCCCCCCUCUACAUUGCAAUUCUCUUUGCAGUGUCUGUGUUUGGCCCAGCCUUUGGGUACCUACUGGGCUCUGUGAUGCUGCGGAUAUACGUAGAUGUGGACAAAACCCAACAAGUCCUGGAGCUGACCCCCAAGGACCCACGCUGGGUGGGUGCUUGGUGGAUGGGUCUCCUCAUCUCCUCAGCAUGCCUUGCACUUACUUCCCUCCCUUACUUCUUUUUCCCCCGACAUAUGCAGAAGGGGGUUCCGGAAAAGGUAAUUGGAGCUGAAACAGACAACCUGAAAGAGGACUUGCAGAGGUCAGAGGUCUCAUUGGUCGACUUCCUGAAGAUGUUUCCCCGACUCUUCGUACGACUGCUCCUCAGUCCCUUCUUCCUGCUGCUGGUGCUAUCCCAGUGCUGCUUCUCCUCUGUCAUCGCUGGCCUGGCCACCUUCCUCAACAAGUUCCUGGAGUUCCAGUACAGCACCUCAGCUGCAUACAGCAACCUGCUCAUUGGGGCCAUCAAUCUGCCAGCAGCUGCCAUAGGGAUGCUGCUGGGUGGGGUAAUCAUGAAGCGUGCUGGACUCUCCAUGAAGGCCAUCCCAAGGUUCUCCAUUGCGGUCCUCUUCGUCUCCAUCUUGCUGUGCCUCCCACUGUUCUUCAUGGGCUGCUCCACCCAAAAUGUUGCUGGGGUCAAUGUUGGUUACAGAGGACAAGUGGACUGGCAUGUCAGAAGACCUCCCCCGUCAUGCCUCGCCAACUGCUCCUGUCCCAAGAAUGCUUUCAACCCGGUGUGCGGCUCGGACAACACAGAAUACAUCUCUCCUUGCCAUGCAGGCUGCAGUGUUGUUUCCUUCGAUCAUCAGAAUCCCCACAGGGUCCAGGCGUACAACAGCUGCAGUUGCAUUCAGGAGGGGGCCGUACCAGGCAGCGCCAGGCCCGGCUCCUGUGCCAACAGUUGCCCUUACUAUCUCCUGCCGGUCAUAUUUCUCAUCUCCCUGGCUGGGUUCAUCGCUAGCUUUUCCCACAAUCCCAUCUACAUGAUGGUACUACGGACUAUACCCCAAGAUGAGAAGUCUUUCACAAUAGGAGUUCAGUUCUUGAUCAUGAGAGUGCUUGCGUGGUUGCCUGCCCCUGCAAUCUUUGGGAUGGUUAUUGACUCCACCUGCAUAUGGUGGAAGAAGACCUGUGGCAACAAGCUUGGCUCCUGUGGUUACUAUGACAACAACCUGCUUAGAAACAGGUACCUGGGCCUCCAGGUGGGCUUCAAAGUCAUGGGGGUUUUCCUGCUGACCAUUGUAGCCUGGAAAGUGCAACGCACCAGAGACUACAGCCUGACUGAGAAGCAGGAAGGGCCUGUGUGACGGUUAGAGGUGCGGGCUGCGACCUGCGGUGCUCUUAUACGGCGGAUACACUGACCUCAGCUUUAUUCUGUGCGUUUGUGGCUAGUGGUGAGGACCACCUGCCAUGCCUCCAUGCUUCUCCCAGCGCCCGUUCUCCUUCAAGGAAGGAAAAGACAACACCUGCUUUGCAUGGACCCCCGCCAUGACAGACUCCUGUAUGCCAAAAACCGGUGCCUUGUGGAGAAGCUCCCCAGCCUUGUUGGCUCACUGGGUCCAGAGGCUGAAAAUCGCAGCUGAAAAAUAGGCUUUAUCUAUGUUACGAUAUUAGCUCAUUUAAACUGCCGGUGACCUCUGACAUUUGGGGCAUUAUCUGGUGUUUACAUAAACGUUUUAUUUCCCUGCUUUUGCCUCACACCAUUCCUCGUGGUAAGAAUUUUUUUAAAUUUUUUUUUUUUUUUUUAAUUAAAGCAGUUUUCUAACAAACUAGUUAGCCUAAGUUUGAGGCUUGCUGUUGCUUUCAAUCAGCAUGACUGACACACAGCUAGUUAAACCUUAAACACACACAAGCCAGCUGUAGCGGGCAUAGUGUUCUUUCACCGAAAUGUAGCGUACGUUAUAUUUUUUUUUUUUUUUUUUUACAGCCUUUAGUGUUUCGACUGUAUAUACCCAACGUUAUGUUGUCAGAUUUGUACCUCACUGCGGUUGACAUGUAUAGAAGGAUUAAAAGAGAACUGAGUUAAUAA